ACCAAGUACUCCGUACUUUACUCCUCACCCCCCAAUGCCGCCAUUCCUCGACUGGGUCUCCAGUUUCUCCCAUCAGGUCCAGCGCGUUACAGCGUCUUGUCUGCUUCACCCUCUCGUCGUCGACGCCGCCGAUCACCACGACUUCUCCGUCGUCAAUACCGCCGGCGAAGAAUCCGGUGGAGACAUCUCCUGCUUCAACUGUGGCAAGGACGAAAGUGAAGACGGGGAAGAAGGGGACGUCGAAGUUCCGGGAAGGGAUAAGGAAGUGCUCGCGGAAAUGGAGACGAUACUGGCGGAAGUGUUCGAGGCGGCGGCGAACCUGAAGAGGGCGUACGUUAGCCUUCAGGAAGCACACAGUCCUUGGGAUCCGGAUAAGAUGCGCGUGGCUGACGUGGCGGUGGUGUCCGAGCUCCGGAGAAUCGAAGUCCUGAAAGAAAGGUAUAGGCAGAGCGCCGGAGGAGGGCGGCGCAGAGUUGGGGCGGCGACGCUGAGGGAGGUGGUGGCGCCGUACGAGGCCGUGGUGGAGGACUUGAGAAGAGAAUUGAAAUCCAAAGAAGCUGAAAUUGAAAUCCUGAAAGAGAAGCUCGAAACGACGUCGUCACCGUGCUGUGGCGCGAAGAAAGGAAAGUCGAAGCAAAAAGCAAAAAAUUGCAGCAGUCAAUCGCAAGUGGCGAUGCCGCUGGCGCCGGAGCUAUUCGAGAACACAAUGAGUUUGGUGAAAGGGGCUUCGAAAUCGUUCACGGCUUUGCUGCUCUCGCUGAUGAGAUCCGCACACUGGGACAUAGCCGCUGCCGUGAGAUCCAUCGAAGCCGCCUCAUCCGCGGCCGUCGCCUCGGCGGGCGCGAUAAUCGGAACGAACCGCGCGAGGUACGCGUUGGAGUCGUACCUGAACCGGAAAAUGUUCCAAGGGUUCGAGCACGAGACGUUCUACACGGACGGCGGCCUCUCCUCCGUAGCCGACCCGGAACAGCACCGCCGCGGCUGUUACACACAGUACCGGGACAUGAAAGCGAUGGAUCCGGCGGAGCUGCUGGGGAUACUCCCGAACUGCAGCUUCGGAAACUUCUGCUUCAAGAAAUAUCUGGCGAUCAUCCACCCCAAAACGGAGUCUCUGUUCGGGGAUCUGGGGCAGAGGCGGCAGGUUCUGGCCGGGAACCACCCGAGGAGCCAGUUCUACGGCGAGUUCCUAGAGCUGGCCAAGGCGGUGUGGAUGCUUCAUCUGCUGGCAUUCUCUGUGGAGCCGCCGUGGCCGUGCUAGUUCGAGGCAAGCGAGGGAUCAAAAUUUUGCCCGGAGGACAUGGAAAGCGUGGGGAAGUAUUCGGCUGGAGGCGGAUUUUUUAUGGGGCUAGUGGUUGGGUUUCCGGUAAGUCCGGGGUUUAAGCUCGCGAAUGGCAGUGUUGUUAAGGCUAGAGUUUAUAUAGUUCCCAAGUGUGGCUAAUGGGGUGCCUUUUGACUUUUUUUGAGUCAACUCUUUUACAAGUGUAUUUAUUUAACCCCGAGUAAUUGAAAAAUUUCCGUUCAUAAUCCAAAAUUUUGUUAUGGAUAAAAAGUAAUAUGAGAUUAAUAGAUUAUUUGAAAAAAAGUAUGAUUUAAUAGAUAUGAUAGGGAAAAAUAGGGAUAAAAACAAUUUUUUUAAUGAAAACUGGAAAUGUUG